ACACUGGGCAGGAGGAGCUGACAUUCUUUACCUGCCUGCUUUCACAUUCCACAGCCAGAGGGAACAAGAUACAGGCAGGAGAGGGCGAAGGCAGCACAGGAAAAGUCAUCAACAAUUGGCGUAUUCUUCAAAGUGAGAUUGAGUGUGGAUUCUGGACCCCAUUUUUCCAGUAUAUACCGAUUGUGGCCACAGAAGACCUUGACAUACCAGAAAUCAAGUGAUAAGUAAUGACCUCUUCUUAGCUGGUUCACUUCUUGGUCCCAGGAUGUCACUGGACACUCUAAGCCGAUCGAGAGUAGGUACCAUUUCCAGGCAGGAUGGACUCGGAGAGAUACCUCAUGAUGGAGAGAUUAGUAAGGAGGACACAAGGAUCCUCAAAGUGUGUUUCCACAGCAACAGUUCCAACCUCGUAAAGAACUUUAAGUUGGUUAAGUGCAGCAUAAUGACCGAGAUACGAGAGAUCAUUAGCUCUAUCCUUUUAAGUGGGAGAAUAGGACCUGAUAUCCAGAAUGUUGAAAGUUAUGGUCUACGAUUGAAACAUCUAAAAUCAGAUGAAAUCCAUUGGCUGCAUCCUGACCUCACUGUAGGAGAAGUCCAGGAGAAGUAUGAGUGCCUACAUCUGGAAGCAGAAUGGAGGUACGAUCUCCGAAUCCGCUAUCUUCCAGACGACUACAUUGAAAGUUUCAAAAAGGACAAAACUACUCUGCUUUAUUUUUAUCAACAGCUUCGAAAUGAUUAUAUGCAGCAGUACGCUACGAAGGUCAGCGAAGGGAUGGCAUUACAGCUGGGCUGCCUGGAACUCCGGAGGUUUUAUAAAGACAUGCCUCAAAAUGCCCUGGAGAAAAGGUCCAACUUUGAUUUCCUGGAGAAAGAAGUAGGUCUGGACUUGUUCUUCCCAAAACAGAUGCAAGAAAGUCUCAAGCCGAAACAGUUCCGUAAGAUGAUCCAACAGACGUUCCAGCAGUACGGCUCUUUACGAGAGGAAGAGUGCAUCAUGAGGUUUCUGACCACAUUGUCCAGCUUCACGUCUAUUGACCAGGAAACCUUCAGAUGUGAACUGGCGCAAGGAUGGAGUAUCACGGUUGAUCUUGUCAUCGGUCCUAAAGGAAUUCGGCAGCUUACUACUAAGGAUGGCAAGCCAACAUGUUUUGCAGAAUUUAAACAGAUCAAGUCUAUCAAAUGCUCCUCGUUAGAGGAUGGACGGUCCCUGCUGUUACUGGGGGUAUCUGGGGCCCCACAGGCACUAGCUAUCAAAACAUCGUCAUUGGCCAUUGCAGAAAACAUGGCUGACCUGAUAGAUGGCUAUUGUCGACUAAAAAAUGAAUCAAAGGAAUCUCUCAUUGUCAACCCCUGGAAAGAAAAUGAGAAGAGAAACAGCCUGCCCCAAAUCCCGUCCCAGGAUGUUCCAGAGAGGAGAUCAAGGCUUGGACCGGGAAGCAGUAUUGAUUCUGAUAUUUAUGCUGAGAUACCAGAUGAUUCUGACUCGAGAACACAAAUUAUUCGGUACACAAUUAGACGAGAUGAUGUCCAGCUUGGCCGGAUUCUUGGUGAGGGCUUCUUUGGAGAGGUUUACGAUGGUGUUUAUAAAAACCAGAAAGGGGAGCGAACCAAUGUAGCAGUGAAGACAUGUAAGAAGGAUUGUGCUCCAGAUGUCAAAGAAAAAUUCAUGAGUGAAGCUUAUCUAAUGAGGAAUUUGGAGCAUCCGCACAUAGUGAAGCUCAUUGGCAUUAUUGAGGACGACCCGAUUUGGAUCGUGAUGGAACUUUACCCUUAUGGAGAGCUCGGACAAUAUUUGGAACAGAAUAAGAAUACACUGCAAAUCCUGACCCUGAUCCUGUUCUCACUACAGAUCUGUAAAGCACUCGCUUACCUGGAGGGGAUUAACUGUGUCCACAGGGAUAUAGCCGUGAGAAAUAUUUUAGUUGCAUCUCAUGAAUGUGUAAAACUGGGUGACUUCGGACUCUCCAGAUACCUGGAGGAUGAAGAAUAUUACAAAGCUUCUGUGACGCGUCUCCCAAUCAAGUGGAUGGCUCCCGAGUCCAUUAACUUCCGACGUUUCACGUCAGCGAGUGAUGUGUGGAUGUUUGGUGUCUGCAUGUGGGAGAUACUCUCCUUUGGGAAACAGCCUUUCUUCUGGCUGGAAAAUAAAGACGUCAUUGGAGUUAUUGAGAAAGGAGAUCGCCUUCCAAAGCCAGAGAUGUGUCCCCCAACUCUAUACACCUUAAUGACUCGAUGCUGGACGUACGACACCACCGAGAGGCCAAAAUUUACAGAACUUGUCUGCAGCUUGAGUGACAUUUAUCAGACGGAGAAAGAUAUCGCAAAGGAAAAGGAAAGGAAUAACCGUCAACGACCUCCUAAAAUCAUUGAGCCUCUGCAAGAGCAAGCACCUCCUCCGAAGCCAAGUCGUCCAAAAUACAAGGCUUCAGCCCCGGGCAAUCUUCUGGCCCCCCUGGCAUUUCAGGUGCCCGAGAGCCUGUGUGCCAGCUCUCCCACCCUCUUUAGCCCAACAGAGUACCAGUCUCCUAUUGACUCUACACGCAGCCCUCCACUCCUGCGCCAUAGCAUCUUCAAGCGCCGCAGUAUGAGGGAAGAAGACUUCCUGAAGCCCAGUAGCAGAGAGGAAGCCCAGAAAAUCUGGGAAAAGGAAAGGGCUAAAAUGUUGCAAGUUCUAAACCGACAGCAGCAGCAGAUGGUGGAAGAUAGCAAGUGGUUGAGGCACGAGGAACGGACCCUAGUGAACAAUCUUAAGGAUCUAAAGCAGCAAAAAGAUGAGAAACCUCCCCCUGAACUACUUCCUGAGAAAGAAGGAGCGUACACUGAAUUUACAGUACCACCCCAGAAGCCCCCCAGACAAGGAGGAGCACAGGCCCUGCAGCCAACCCCAACCGCUAAUAUUGACCGAACAGACGACCAUGUGUACCAAAGCGUGAUGGAAUUGGUAAAGUCUGUACUGCAACUGAAAACUGAUAUCUACCAGCUCCCGCCAGAGGGAUACGUGAAUGUGGUUAAGAACGUUGGUUUGAAUCUCAGAAAGUUAAUAGGAAGUGUCGAUGAAAUCCUCUCAACACUCCCUUCUUCUUCACGUACAGAGAUUGAAGGAACACAGAAGUUACUAAGCAAAGACUUGGGAGAUCUUAUCAACAAGAUGAGGCUAGCCCAGCAAAAUGCAGUGACGUCACUGAGAGAGGAAUGCAAGAAACAAAUGUUGACCGCAUCGCACGCUCUUGCCGUUGAUGCCAAAAACUUACUUGAUGCUGUAGACCAAGCUCGGGUCAGAGCCAACCUCGCAAAAGUGGCCGUGGACUGACACUUUGUGUGACCUAAUGGAUACAGUACGAAGAAAUUAUAAUUUUUGUCUCCAGGCUGUAAAUGUCACCUGCUCGCUUUGUGCUUCUCAUUGCGUGUUACAGGUGACUUUAUGUGGUUACUUCAGACAAUAAUUUGUUGAUGAGGUUGUAAUUAUUUCGCUCAAAUGAAUGUCGCUGCAAAGCCGAUGGACAAGAAGACAUAUCUUAAACAACCUGGAUUGGGAUAACAGGAUAUGAAAAGGAAACAACGCUGCUUAAUUUAGCAAUGCCAAGUGGAUAUUAAGUGAUCUGUGAAAUUGAGCAGUAAUAAUGUUGCCAUUUGUAAGGAACUGGCCCUCAUAAAAAAUAAAAAAAAACACUUGCAUCAACAGCAGAUAACUAACUUUUAAAGGAUGAGUUUUAUUGUGGUUCUUCAAGAAGUAAAAAAGAUUAUUUUUCUAUUUCUCCGUUAUUAAAUGAACUCAUCCACGGAGCAAUUUAAUUUAGGAGUUUUAUACUUCUGACCUCUCAGAUGAACUAUUUCAUUUGGUUUAUUAAAUCGGGAAAUGUACGGUUAAUGAAAUAUUUCUCUGUAAAAAAUGGUUUUAUUAUUUUCAACGGGAUGUGCAACUCGAUUUCUACUUUUUGGUGUUCAUGUAUUUUGAAAAUAUUCGUGCAGAAUAACUGGGAAAAGAAACUGGAAACUAAAACAAAUUGUUUUGCAGAAUGUGUAUAUCUCUAUGGAAAAACUGUAGGCAUAAAAAUAACUUAAUUUUAAUUCACAUCAUUUUUUGCUAUUUUUUUCGUAGCAAAGGUUUGUACGCUAGAUGUUUUACAGCUUGGAAAAUUCUUCUUUGACUAUGUCGUCCAUUUAUUAUUUUUGGAAUAUCUUUUAAACUAUUAAAAGAUCAAAAAAUAUAUCACAUAUAAAAAAAUUUAUCAAUAUUUCAAAAAUUUUAAAAUGGUAAAAAAUUUUUUAAAUGAUCUAAUUAUUUCAAAAGUGUAUUCAAAAAUAUGAAAUAAUUUGAGAAGCUCAUCCAGAAAUAUUAAAUUGAUGGUGUUGUGUCAUCUGGGCUAGUAAAUAUUUGACACCUGUUAUUUUAGCUUUCUUCCAGGUCAAUCAUAUAGGUGUAUUCGCAAAGGAGGAGGUUACCCCAAUAAGUUGUAUGGUAUAUCAGAUACUCGAAGGGCUUAUUGUCUCCAUUAGAGUCUCUUUCCUUGCUGCUACUUUGUCUUGUUUUUCAAUUGUACUUUCUAAAGUAGAAUUCUAGUUUUUUUUGUGGUGUUUACCAUGUUUCUGGAUGGUUUGAAAUAAAUCACCCUGUGUUUGGAACAAAAAAACAUUAAUGUCUAAUGUACAGCUUCUCUUCCACAUACUCAGAGGAGAGUGAAAACAUUGUGCUACAUGACAAUGCACCAAAUUACACCUAGUGAUGUCUCUGUUUUUGGAAAAACUCCAAUAAAUUUAAAUUCCU